GCUAUGGGCUGAUGAGCACGGUGGGGGCCAUUUCUGUGUUGCACCGAGUGGGAGCAUGGCUGCGGUGCCCUUUAACCUGCCGCACCGUGUGUUGGAUGAAACGGUAACUUGCUAUUUCCUAGGUGUAUUACAGUCCCGCCUAGAGCCACCCUCACUCGUAUCCAGGCCCCCAUUGUGCCAGGCAGACCUAGGGAGAGGCAGGCUCUGCCCCCCAAGGGCUCCCAGUCCGACUACAGAGACAACUGGUAGGAGGAGAGAAGCAUCAUCAGCUCAUUCCAGCAGAUGGUGGAGUGAGGCCCAGCGAGGUUAAUGCCCUGAUGCUGCAGGCAUGUGCUUCACCAUAAGCCUGGGAAUAUCCCCCUUGAUUCCAGUAGCAAGGCAUUUCCUGAGUGCCCAAAAUACGUGGGGGGGUGUUUGCCCGGUUAGAGGGCAAGUGACUUGUCCACAGGCACACAGGGCAUCUGUAGCAGAGGCAGGAAGAGAAUCCAGAUUCAUUCCAGUGCCUUAACCAGAAAGCCAGCCGCUUACAAUGCUUAAACAAUUGGUCGUCGUGAUCGUUUGCCAUUUGGUUUGUUCCUGUGUGGUCGCAAGGGCUUCACAGGCUGAAAGUCCAAUGUCGGAACAGACUUAAUGCUCCCAUUGAAUAGGGGGUCUGCCUGUGAGCUGCCUCCACCCCUCGGUUGGUGGGAUUUUGUCCCAGAUGUUAUAAGCCACCCGGAGAAUGGCGUUCACCGGAAUGUCUCGCGGCGUUCUGGCAACAUGUCAGAAAAGUGUAAGACAUAUGGCCCCAGAAGUCUGUAAACCAGAGCGACUGUAAAGUAAAAAUCAUUCCACUUUAUACACAAUAUACGAUGUUGGCAUUUUGUGUGGAGAGACUCCAGCUUUGCCCAGUCUGAGCGAUAUAGCGUCCAUGUUUCACAACUGUACGGAGAGGAUACAGUUCGAAUAGAUCUGAACUUGGUUGUCGUGCCAGGGUGAUGUUGAUUCCCUAUUCGUUGUAAAUGACCCUUGGCAGACGCUGCGAUGCCAGUCCGGUGAAGAACCCCUGGGUGAGAGCUGGAGGGGCUGUUGAGUAUCAAACCCAAAUACCAAAAGCUGGAGACUGCUUCGGCAGUUUCAUUAUUCAAAACGAUUGGAGUCGUGGGUGGACCUGAUCCUAAGUUUUGCAUCUUCAUCUUUGACCACGGAACACGGAGGCUGACCUUGGCCGCCAACUCCUCCGUUUGCUGGAGUGCCUCACUCUAUACUAGGAGAACCACGUCAUCAGCAGAGGCAAGGUCUGAGAGCGAGAGAUCACUGAUCUGAAUGCCCCGGGACUAGACGGAAAGCUGCUUUAUGAGACCCAUUGCCCGGCAAAAGAGCACAGGGGCCGAGACUCAGCCCGUCCUGAUACCAGAUAUCGAUUUAAAAGGUGCCGAAAUCCGAUUCACCCAGACGUACACAGGCAGUGGUUCCGUUAUGCAGCUUGCUAAUCAAGUCCCGUAGAGUGGCUGGGACACCUAUGCCCUUUAAGGCCUUCCAUAGCCCGACUUGGUCAACUGAAUCAAACGCAAGCUUAAGAUUGACGUACACCAUGUGCAGGGGCUUCUUGAACUCGCAUUGUACCUCCGACAACAAGCGGAGGGUGAAAAUAGUGUCUAAUGUGGACCUGUUCCCGGUAAAGCCUGACUGUUUGGGCCGACGCUUCAGAUGUAGCCGGGGCUCCAAACACGCCAGCAGAAUGUGCACACGCGCAUUCCCUGGCACGGACAGCAAGAACCUGAUGAAAAUCGCGGCUCAGAAUCUCAUCCAGAACACGAACAUCGAUAACGGGCAGAAAAGCAACGACGGGUUGGUGCAGCGCUUCGACAAGAGCCUGGAGGAGUUCUACGCCCUGUGCGACCAGCUGGAGCUGUGCCUGCGGCUGGCCUACGAAUGCCUGUCCCAGAGCUUCGACAGCACCAAGCAUUCCCCCAACCUGGUGCCGACGGCCACCAAACCCGAUGCGGUGCAGACCGAGAGCCUGCCCUACACCCAGUACCUGAGCAUGAUCAAAUCCCAGAUCUCCUGCGCCAAGGACAUCCACAACGCCCUGCUGGAGUGCUCCAACAAGAUCACCGGCAAGAUCCCCGCCCAAGGGGGGCCAUAGCCCACGGCGCCGGCACAGUUGUUGCUCCUGCUCGGCAGCCGGCGUGGUUUGAAGGAGACUUGGAUCGUUUCCACGCCGGCACCGUGUCAGCCGGUGAAACUUUACAAACUUGCAUCUGACCCACGGCCUGUCUCAUGUCCUCUGAAUUCCCUGCCUGGGUAGAUGGUCUCCUUUGUAUCGAGAGUGAAACGAACGUCCCUGGUCUGCUUUCUCCUCUAACUCCCUCUGGUCUUACUCCUUCCCUCCCCUCCCAGUUCUCAUGUUCCCUCCUUUCCCCCUCACCUUUCUCACAUCUCCUAGGCCUGAUCCUCAGCUGCCAUCAGACCUUCGCCGAACUCACUGUUGCGACGCUAGCCUAUGCCACCCGGUGGCUUGGCCCACGUACAUUCGGAACGCAUUAGCCCUGCUAAAACUGACUCACCUAGCACAGGAUCUACUUGCCGAAGUCUCCCUUGCCAGGGCCUAAGCCCCCUCCACUCCCCUUUGUCUUCAGGAGGGGUCGAGGAGACCUGAGAUUGUGCUGCUAAUGAAGUGAGGAGGAUCAGACAGAAUCUUUCUCUGCCAUCAAAUUAAAACUUCCCCCCACCCCGGGUGAAUGGGCUGGAUUGUAGCUUUCCAGGUUGAUGGGUGUAUUAUUUAUUUUCCUUAAACAGUAACCCUUUCAGAGAAAUGCCAUUGAGUUAAAACAAGCCCCGGUGUUAAUUUCCUCCUGCCAUCACAGUGACUUUACCUCACUGUAACCCUUCCGUCCUUUGAGACAUUUCUCUCCUGACCUGCGUGGAGCGAGAGGGGAAUCGGACUCCAGCUCAUUUCAAGCUUGUUAAUGAUAACGCCUUUGAUCCUUUAAAACAGAGGGCUGGCCUGUGAUUCCGUUCACACCAGCGUAAAGCAGAAGUAACGAACAGAAUUAUCUCUGCGUCAGACUGGCAUAAAACCUAAAGGAGAAUCAGAUCCAAAGAGUGAAUUAAAGCAAAACAACUUUGA